CCGAUAGGGUCAAAGUAUAUACCAGAUGUAUUCAUUGAGGGAUGAUGAUGUGGGAGGGAUGAUUGAAUCACAAUUUAUUCAAGUUAUAGAAAAAUACCAAACUAAAUUAUCUAAAUUAAUCAAACAAAAUAUUUUGGUAACUACAUCAACCAUCUCUUCUUUUAAAGAUACUUUAAAUAAAAUUAAUAUCAAUGAACAACAGCUAAACAAUGCAAUUGAUACUCUAAUGCAUGCACAACAAAACUCCACAUUACUUUCCGACAAUCUACUUCAAAGGUCAAAACUUAACGAAAUAUUGAACGUUCUAGAGAGCAGUUUGUUAACACUAUCGUUUAAAUUACAAGAUAUUAUUAACGCAAUUAUGUUCAGCAAGUCAAAUAUUUUAUAUCCGUCUAUAAUAACCCCGAAACAAUUGUUUUCAGAGCUUGUAGACAAUUAUAUAUUUUUGGCUGAUUAUCACCAAUUCCCCAUAAGUUUGUCAUUAGAUAAUAUUUAUACACUAAUGAAUGUAUCUGAAAUCGCUACCUAUUAUAAUAACAAUAAAAUUGUAUUUGUUCUAAAAGUACCACUUGUCGAUUCAAAAGAUUAUCACUUAUACCAUAGUAUUCCAUAUCCAGUCAUUAUUUCUAACAAAACUUACGCAACUAUCAUUCCAUCAACUAAAUAUAUCGCCAUCACUAGAAAUAGAAAUCAUUAUUGUAAGUUGAAUAGUUUAAUUAGUUGUAAGGUAAUAUAUAAUUUAAACUACAUUUGUGAAAACAUAGAUGCCUAUUUCAGUUCUAGAUCCCCGAUCUGCGAAUCGGAAAUUAUUUCUAAAGCCUUAAACUCUGUACCUAAUGUUUGUAAAACUAAUUUUCUUGGAGGUCAUUUAGAUAUUUUGCAACCACUGUCCAAUAAUAGGUGGGUCUUUGUAAUUACAGAACCUUAUAAACUCUCCAUAGAUUGUCAAGACCAACCCAGUACAGAGAUAAUAAUAGUAGGUACAGGCAUCGUUAACCUUCCCAUACAUUGUGUAGCAUUUUAUAAAGAUUCAAGGUUAAUACCAAAAUAUUCAAAGAUAAUAAAAUUUCAACCAAUUAUUGUAAAUUUCAACCUUUUAAACGACUCUUGCUGUAAUUCUGUAACUCUAUACAAAACUAAAUUGCCUUUAUUAAAUUUAUCUAACUUUAACCUUGAUUCUAUCACCUCCCAACAACAUACACAGAUAAAUAAUAUUGUAAAAAGUUUAGAUACGAUUAAUGAAAAGCCGCAUAUUGUUCUAUACGGCGAAUAUUAUUCAUAUACAACCAUAAUUAUUUCUAUUAUAGUUAUUAUUUUUAUUUUAGCUCUUUUUUAUAAUGUUGUAAAAUCGGGCACGUGUCACCGUCUUUUAAAAUUCAAAACUAAAUUAAAUAUUGAAAAAACCGAAGAAUUAUCGGAAGUCGCCGCCGUCUCCCCUAGUGUGCCAAAACUCCGUACAUCUUUUUCCUAAACUUAACCCUUUUGGGGUAAGUUUACUCUCGGCUCCGGGGCUGUUAUAAAUGGUUCCCGUAUACAAUAGUGCUAAGGAACCCCAUUACAAAUCACAAAGUCAGCAGUUUUAUUAUCUCUUUAUAAUUACUCGUAUAAUUUAAAUCAGUUUGAAACCAUCAUCCGCGCGCGUGACACUUGCCCUAAAUUGAGCCCAAUUUAUUGUAAUUUAAUAAAAUAAAUCUAUUCUUUCUUAAUUUAAUUUUUUUAAAAAGGCCUUCGGCCAAAUCCCUGUAACAGAACGUAAAUGUUAGACUGAAUCUCCAGCUUAUUGUUGUUUGUUAUUAGGGAUCAUAUGUCCUAAUUCAGCAUAUUCGUUCAUGAAUGUUUUAUAUUUUAGUGCCAAAUCCUUCUGAAAUCCUUCUGUUUAUGAAACUUAUGUUCUAAAUUUUUCAGUUGAGCAAUCGCUAUUGGUUUGAUUUACCUAAAUUAUGUUUUAAAUCCUCCUUUAGAGGCAAUCUCACUUCAUAUCGACCAUUUUCGAUGCGUUUUGUUGUUGAGCAAUAAAAGUUUAUACAUUCUUGAUCUUCUACGGAAAUGUUCGUAGAUUCGUUGAUUUUGUGCCGGCUCAUGUCAACGUCGAAUCAGUCCAGCACGGAGUCCGGCACGGCACUCGGACACGUAUACAAUAAAUAGUUAUGAGUGAUAUGACUUUCCUUUGAGACUAACCCACCCGUAACUCCGCACAGUGGUGACCCCGUGCCGUGUCGAUAAAUUAAAUAGUUACAAAUAGUGAAAAAUAUAACAAUAAUAUAAUACAAAAAAAAAUCAUACGAAUCGGACAUUAUUAAAAGUGAAGUGGAGCAGAUUACGGUUACAUCGAGAACAGCCGAGUUCUGGGAAGAUCAACCCAGGACGUGGUUCAUACAUGCCCAGCUGCAUCGGAGCACGUAACUACCGCCUUAGUAUAAGGAAUAGAAAUAGCAAUUUAAAUUUUUUAAUAGACACUGGUGCCAAUAUCACUGUUUUACCACGUACAGUAAUAAGAAAAAAAGCUUUUUCUGAUAAUAGUUCUAAGUAUACAUUGUAUGCAGCAAAUGGCACCGUCAUUAAAACUUAUGGUACUAAAAAUUUGGAAUUAGAUUUAGGUUUAAGAAGAUCUUUUCACUGGACAUUUGUUAUUGCAGAUGUAAGUCAGCCUAUUUUAGGAGCUGAUUUUUUGAAAACUUACCAUUUAUUAGUCGAUUUAAGUUCUCGUAAACUAACUGAUCAAAUAAUUAAUCUUAACGUUUCAUCCUUAUUUGUAAAUACACAUCAUAUACAUAGUGUUAAAACUAUAGAUAUAAGCCACCCGUUUUAUGAUUUGCUAUCGAAAAUCCGGAUAUCACCAAGCCGGUUUCUUUUAAAGAGCCACCGAAACAUUCGGUUUACCAUCAUAUCGAGACUUUCGGACCGCCCGUCUCGGACACGCUCGUGCGAAACCGUUGCCACCACAUCGUUAUGCCAAGGUUAAAGAAGAGAUAAGACUUAUACAACAGUUGGGGGAUUUGUAGACCGUCGAA